AUGGACGCAAAAGUGAGGAAAUGGUCACAUUAUUUGAAAUCGUCUGAUUGUAGAAUGCCUCGGAUCGAAUUCGACCCGAAACUUGAUUUCAAAGAUGUACUUCUACGCCCCAAGAGAUCAACGUUAAAAAGUAGAGCUGAUGUGGAUCUCGCACGAGAAUUUACCUUCAAAAACUCGAAGAAGACCUACAAUGGUAUACCAGUAGUAGCCUCCAAUAUGGAUACGGUAGGAACAUUUGAAAUGGCCACUGCUCUUGCUCAACACAAGCUAUUUACCACAAUACAUAAACACUAUACCCUUGAUCAAUGGAAGGGUUUCUUUGAGAACAACAAAGAAGACGAGGACUUUUUUCAACAUGUUGCGGUGUCUUCAGGGAUUUCCGAUAAGGAUUUUGACAAGCUACGGUCUAUCUGCAAAGAGAUACCAUCUUUGGACUAUAUAUGCUUAGAUGUUGCAAACGGAUACUCUGAAACCUUCAUCGACUUCAUACGCAAAGUUCGAGAGGCAUUUCCGAGGCAUACGAUAAUGGCUGGAAACGUGGUCACGGGCGAGAUGGUUGAAGAGCUUCUGAUCUCUGGUGCUGAUAUUAUCAAGGUAGGUAUCGGCCCAGGAUCUGUCUGUACAACGCGGAAGAAAACGGGAGUGGGAUACCCACAACUUAGUGCGGUGUUGGAAUGCGCCGAUGCUGCUCACGGUCUACGGGGUCAUGUAAUAAGCGAUGGUGGAUGCACGAAUUCUGGUGAUGUUGCAAAAGCUUUUGGAGCAGGAGCCGAUUUCGUGAUGAUUGGCGGUUUAUUUGCUGGUCACGAUCAGUGUGGGGGCGAAGUUAUUGAGCAAAAUGGAAGAAAGUUCAAGCUCUUCUAUGGAAUGAGUUCAGACACAGCGAUGAACAAACAUCACGGUAGCGUAGCCGAAUAUAGAGCUAGUGAAGGAAAAACCAUUACCAUUCCCUACAGGGGUGAUGUGAAUCUGACUGUUCUCGAUAUACUCGGUGGUCUUCGAUCUGCAUGUACAUAUACGGGUUCUGCUAAGUUGAAGGAACUGCCAAAACGGACAACGUUUAUCCGCGUAACUCAACAAACUAAUGGCAUAUAUGUACCAUUUGAAGUUCCGAGCAAGAUAUAGAAUCUAAGUUCUUUAGGAGUUAGGAUAUAGUUUACAUGUUUGAAAGCUGCUUGAGGUGACAUCUCCUGUACAGAUAAAAGUUGA